AUGAGAGUAGACUCCUUCGGUUACCCUGACCGCGAAUGGACGCCACCAGUAAUCUGCUCUGUACUUAAUUUCGAGGAUCUGAGUUUCGAUCCUAUAGCUAAGCGUGUAGAUGGAAGUGCAUCGGAUAAACAAUCUCCGGACUAUAUUCACUACCAAAUCGAAUGGAGGGAACAGAUAAAGGAGGAUGCUAGUAAUAUUCUACAACAGAAGAAAGCCUGUAGCCGACAGGUGAGACUAUAUGAUACUGACAUAGUCUUAUUAAUGAACUCCCAACGGGGCAUACUGAAACAGCCCUGCUAA